GUUGUGCUGAACUAGCAAACAAUUCGUGCGCACAACGAAAUAAGAAACAUUCGUAAGGCUUAUCGUUGGAUUAUCGUUUGAUUGGUGAAGAGAUUCGGAGGCCUGAGCUCAAGAACCACUAUGAGCACCGAAUCUAAGCCAAGGGCCAGUCAGGCGCUCGCUAAACGGUUGCAAGAUGAACUUAUGGCUCUCACGAUGAACCCAGAGGUCGGCGUGUCAGCGUUUCCAGAUGGGGAUACUCUUUACCGUUGGGUCGGGACGAUCGAAGGCCCCAUAAACACUGCCUACGACGGUCUGACGUACAAGUUGACGUUUGUGUUCCCGUCAGAUUAUCCAUUCAAACCACCUACUGUUAUGUUCCGAACUCCCUGCUUCCAUCCGAAUGUUAGUAAAACAGGCGGCAUUUGCUUAGAUAUCCUCAGCAGCAAGUGGUCCGCCAUGUUAGACAUAAGAACGAUCCUGAUCUCCAUAAGAUCAUUGCUCGCGGGUGAGAAUUCUCAGCUUAGCGGUGGCAUAUUCACGCUCAAUGACGAGCCCGCCAACCUGGAGUCUAAAAAUACACGAAAUCCAAUAACGUUUUCAAACUCGCCAGAUCCCAACAUAAACUCGCCUCUCAACACGACAGCAGCGACUUUAUGGGCGGAUCAAAAAGAAUUUCGCAAGGUCUUGCUGGAAGAGUACAACCGAGAUGUCCGCAAAGUCACCGAUGGAAAUUCUUGAUUAUCAAUUUAGAUUCAAAGCAAUAGGUUCUCGGAGUGUCUUGAAAUCCAACCCUGUACAGCUGUGUUAUAUCUUCCCUCGAGGCUUCAUCAUGAUGACAACGAAUUAUCCCCGGCAUGAUGCACAUUCUUCGACUUGACUGUGUAAACCUCAACUGGACCGCAUUGUUCUUUCACGGUCCUGGGAACAACAUCCUUAUCGU